UUGAAAUUGUGGAGCCGAAUUGUCGACUUGUCGAAUUGCCACCGCCCCAUUACGCAUUUUUAUAUAAAAGCCUCGACGCGACUUAGCCGGCGUUUCUUUUAGCCCAACAAUGCCGAGAAGCGCGCUCAUCGCUCCCAGUUUGAUUUGUUUUUACCUCGUGGCCUUGGCCCUGGGCGCCACUUUGGAGGCGGAGAAGCCAGAGGGAGCGGGAACGGAGCUGGAAACGGAGUCACUGCCCACGAGGAAGGCCCAUUUUCGCGGACAGCCCGCUGUGCCGCCCUCGCCGAGGUGGGGCGCCAACAUGCAGAUGCUGCGACGGCACAACAGUCCCGCCUUCAACUUCUGGACGGAGGAGAGCGAGACGAACAUCUGGGAGCAUUGCGGCCUCUUCGAGGGCGACAUCAUGCUGCACCGCGAGCUGCUGAGGAACGGGCUGCUCAACGAGCGCCUCACCUGGCCAGAAGCCGCCGUGCCCUUCUACAUAGACCCUCAGGAUUUCACCGCCAACCAGACUAUGGUGAUACUGAAGGCCUUCAAGGAGUACCACGAUCGCACCUGCAUUCGCUUCCGGCCGUACGAGCAGGGCGACAAGCACUGGCUCCUCAUCAAGGGCAACUACUCGGGCUGCUGGUCGAGCGUAGGAAGGCGUUCCGGUGGCCAGGUGCUCAAUUUGAACACGCCCAAGUGCGUGACCCAUGGCGUUGUGGUCCACGAACUGCUGCACGCCCUUGGCUUCUAUCACCAGCAAAGCGCCACGGAGCGGGAUGAGUACGUCAAGAUCAACUGGGAGAACAUCCUCGACGGACACGCGCACAACUUCAACAAGUACGCCCGCACCCACAUCACCAACUUUGGAGUGGAGUACGACUACCAGAGCGUCAUGCACUACAGCUCCCGGGCGUUCAGCAAGAACGGCAAACCCACCAUCGAGCCACUGGAUCCGUACGCCUCGCUGGGCCAGCGACGCGGCCUCUCCGACAAGGAUGUGUCCAAGCUAAACGAGAUGUACGAACAGGACUGCGGCGAGGACUACCUACUCAACUUCGAUCGCUUCGGUGGCUACAUCGACGAGCUGCUCGACUACUUCCAGGGCAACAUUCAGGAUCUGCUCGGAUAGAGACGCCUGAGGCCAAUAAACGAAAGUGCCGGCUAGGUGACGAAGAAA